GCUCGUCUGAUUGGUCGCUGGAUUACGGAAGUGAACGCGGAAACGACGGCGGCUCCGAUGUGAUUAUGGUGAAACUUCAGCUACUUUGGGGUUUUUCGGCGGACUUCGGCAGUGAAUACCGAGCCCCUCCGGUUCUGUGAGACCUGCCGGUUCUGAGAGCUCGGCCCGCUGGAGUCCAGACAUGGAUGGCGCUGCAAAGUUGGGGGCGGAGCCUACUCCCUUCUGCUGCUCGGCCUGUGACGCUGCAGAGGCGCCCGGCCACGGCUUUGCCCGGCGCUACAGGAAGGCCCGCAGCCUGAGCACGUCAUCCGCCAGCAGCUGCUUCGAGUUCAGGAGGACUCAGUCUCUUCAUGGGCCGAGCCCCGUCACCACGUUCGGUCCGAAGGCCUGCAUGCUGCAGAACCCCCAGGCUGUCAUGCACAUUCAGGACCCCGCCAGCCAGCGGCUGACGUGGAACAAAGCCCCCAAAAGUGUCCUGGUCAUCAAGAAGAUCCGGGACGCCAGCCUGCUGCAGCCGUUCAAGGAGUUGUGUGUGUUCCUGACCGAGGUGAAGGACAUGAUCGUCUACGUGGAGAAGAAAGUUCUGGAUGACCCGGCCAUUUCUGGAGACGAGAGCUUUGGGCCGGUCACUAAGAAGUUCUGCACCUUCAGAGAAGACCUGGAUGACAUCUCCAACCGCGUGGACUUCAUCAUCUGCCUGGGAGGAGACGGAACGCUGCUGUACGCGUCCUCGCUCUUCCAGGACAGCGUCCCGCCCGUCAUGGGCUUCCACCUGGGCUCUCUGGGCUUUCUGACGCCCUUCCAGUUCGACGCCUUCCAGUCUCAGGUCACGCAGAUCAUUGAAGGUAACGCCGCCAUCAUUCUCCGGAGUCGCCUGAAGGUCCAGGUGUUCAAGGAGAACUGGGAGAAGAAGGACGGCUCGGACGAGAAGAACAUCGUCCUGGCCAACGGCGGCGUGAAGGCCAGCCGCCCCGCCGUGCAGUACCAGGUUCUGAAUGACGUGGUGGUGGACAGAGGCCCCUCCUCCUACCUGUCCAACGUAGACCUCUUCCUGGACGGACACCUCAUCACCACGGUGCAGGGAGACGGAUUGAUCGUGUCCACACCUACAGGCAGCACGGCGUACGCCGUGGCGGCGGGGGCGUCCAUGAUCCACCCCAAUGUCCCGGCCAUCAUGAUUACCCCCAUCUGCCCCCACUCGCUGUCUUUUAGGCCCAUCGUGGUUCCUGCAGGGGUGGAGCUGAAGAUCACGCUGUCGCAGGACGCCAGGAACACGGCCUGGGUGUCGUUUGACGGCAGGAAGCGGCAGGAGAUCUGCCACGGGGACAGCAUCAGCAUCACCACGUCCUGCUUCCCCGUCCCGUCCAUCUGCUUCCGGGACCCGGUGAACGACUGGUUCGAGAGCCUGGGCGAGUGUUUGCACUGGAACGUGAGGAAGAAGCAGAACCACCUCGGCGCCGAGGACGAGGACUUCUGACGUCCUCUGAGGUCCGUUUAGGCUCUGAUGGUCCUGAAAAGAGAACCCGUCCGUCCUGAGGUCACGGCUGCAGACCUGAACAUGGAUUCAGCUUUAGAAUCGGUUCUGGAUCGGGUCAAACCAGCAGAACCUUUAGCUGAAAACCCCAGAGGACAGACGGAUUCUCCUUCAGGACGGCCGCCAUGACAGAGCGCCUCAGACCAGCUCCGCCACCGUGCACCAGCCUGCGAGUACCGCUGGGCGUCACGUGCACUGUGCCUUAAACUCGCGCACGUUUACAUUCUUUUUCAAACUGUCCUGGAGCCGCCCUGUGCACGUGUGCGUGCACGUCUCAUCAGGACGGGCGGGUCAUUCCUGUGCAGACGGAGGUUCUGGUUCUGCCUCCGCCUGCUCCUUAGAUUUUAGGUCUGGGAUCAGCACAUUCCAGUCUUUCUGGGGGGGUGGGGGGUCCUGUCAAAGUGCUUCUUCAAGCCGACAGCCGGAAAUGUCGUUUCAGCAGAUUUUCUGCUGCUGUUUUUACUCAUGAAUAAAGAACCGUUGACCUUC